GACUAGCAAGUUAACUCAACUUGAGUAUGAGAAUAAAAGGUUACAUGAAUAUGUUCAAAGGUUAGAACAUCCCGGAACAGCGCCUUUAGCAUCGAUUUUGAAGUAUCCACAUUCGAAGCAAUUGUCAGUUGAGAAAAAACCUCAAAACCGACCCAAAAACUUCAAAUUCGGAACACUUGUAACUGCAGAAUCCAUUGUAAAAGAAUUGGAGGACAGAGAAAAUGUAAAGCAAAAAAAGGCUGAAGAUGCAAGAUUAAGAAAGGAACGACGGGCUAUUAAUAAAACAAACAAGCAAGCCCAAAAUAAUGCUAAAAAUAAAUAG